AUGAGUACCUCCACGCAAUUGGAGGUACAACCUGCGCUGUUCCAUCCGGAGGAUCGAGGUUUUUGUCAUUCUGUAGAUUCGUUUGGUUACAACGUCGCCUGGCAUGGGGCGGUGAAUGGCGUGUCCUACGCCCAAUCGAGCUGUGCUGAUGUCGCUGAAGGUGUAGUAUGGGCGCUGAAUAACUGCAAAUUGCUGAAUCCUUGGGUCCCGGAUUGGCAUUAUGGAGGCUCCAAUGCUGCUUGGGGAAAUGAGAACCUCCUCGUCACGAUCCGCAACAUGUGA